UGCCUCGGAGCCGCGAUGAGCGGAGGGGUCUACGGAGGAGAUGAGGUUGGGGCUCUGGUCUUCGACAUUGGCUCGUUCUCGGUCCGGGCUGGCUAUGCUGGAGAAGACUGCCCUAAGGCAGAUUUCCCCACCACUGUGGGGCUACUCUCUCAUGAUGAGUCUGCGAUGGAGCUGGAUGGGGACAAGGAGAAAAAAUCCGGGAAGGUCUAUUACAUCGACACCAACUCCUUGCAUGUCCCCCGGGAGAACACGGAGGUCAUCUCGCCCCUCAAGAACGGAAUGAUUGAAGACUGGGACUGCUUCCAAGCCAUUUUGGACCACACCUACAACAAGCAUAUCAAAUCGGAGCCGAACCUCCACCCCGUGCUCAUGUCCGAGGCCCCGUGGAACACAAGGGCGAAGCGCGAGAAGCUGACGGAGCUGAUGUUCGAGCAUUACAGCAUCCCGGCGUUCUUCCUCUGCAAGACGGCCGUCCUCACCGCUUUUGCAAACGGGCGGAGCACUGGACUCGUUCUGGACAGUGGAGCCACACACACCACCGCCAUCCCAGUACAUGACGGUUACAUCCUGCAACAAGGAAUCGUGAAAUCCCCUCUGGCCGGAGACUUCAUCUCCAUGCAGUGCCGGGAACUUUUCCAGGAGAUGAAUAUCGAGAUCAUCCCUCCCUACAUGAUCGCUGCCAAGGAGCCGGUCCGUGAAGGCGCACCCCCAAACUGGAAGAAGAAGGAGAAGUUGCCUCAAGUCAGCAAAUCGUGGCACAAUUACAUGUGCAAUGAGGUCAUUCAAGAUUUCCAGGCCUCUGUGCUGCAAGUUUCAGAUUCUCCUUACGACGAACAGGUUGCCGCGCAGAUGCCCACCGUCCACUACGAAAUGCCCAACGGCUACAACACAGACUACGGGGCAGAGAGGCUUCGUAUCCCCGAGGGGCUUUUCGACCCCUCCAACGUGAAGGGCCUGUCUGGGAACACAAUGUUGGGGGUUGGUCAUGUGGUCACAACCAGCAUCGGGAUGUGCGACAUCGAUAUCCGGCCGGGUCUCUACGGGAGCGUCAUUGUCACAGGGGGGAACACUUUGCUUCAAGGCUUCACGGACCGCCUCAACCGGGAGCUCUCUCAGAAAACGCCACCGAGCAUGCGCUUGAAGCUGAUUGCCAGCAACAGCACCAUGGAAAGGAGGUUCAGCCCUUGGAUUGGGGGCUCCAUCUUGGCCUCUCUCGGCACCUUCCAGCAGAUGUGGAUCUCCAAACAGGAAUACGAGGAAGGGGGCAAACAGUGCGUGGAGAGGAAAUGCCCCUGAAAGGGGCGGGCAGCCCACCUCCCCCUUUGCCCUCCCUCUCUCCCCCACCCCAUGAGACCCCCACUUCGUGGAUGCUGCAGCCCCUCCCAGCGACUCCCUCCCUUCGAAACGCACCCCGGAUCUGCCCCGCGGCAACCGAGGCUCUUCGCCCUCUCGGCACCUUC